GGCGGAGGGAUUGUUUUGUUCAGGACGGGACAGACAUUUGUACAGAAUUAGGCAGAGAGAGAGAGAGAGAGUAGACCUGAUGUGCGCUCAGUUCGCUGAACGUUUGCUACGUUGCGGAACGGUUUGAACUGAACGACACGUUCCACAAAAUGUUAUUGUACGUUCUUGAACAAACUGAGAGGUACGUUUGCUCUCGUUCUGUGGGUGUGGUUUGAACCAAUGAGUGACGUAUUUGAAGGGCAGUGGACAAGCUGACAGCGCCCCCCUUCCCGUUUCAACUGGUCGUUCAGUACAGUACUGUUUCCGUUCAAUUGAACGUUCCAGAACGUAAAAGCGUAGUUACUGAACGCAGCCCUUCAGACAUUUGCUAGUGUUGUUGAGAGAAAGCGAGGAAUGUUGAAAUAUUUCGUUCGAUGGACAAACUGAAAAGGCAGAACAUAUAGUUCGAAUAGAUUGCCUCAUCGAAGUAAAGUAUCGAGCUAGCCAAGGAAUAACGUUACAAAAAUGUCUUCGCCAAGUCCAGGCAAGAGGCGAAUGGAUACCGACGUGGUGAAACUCAUCGAGAGCAAGCAUGAGGUCACCAUCCUCAGCGGACUCAAUGAGUUUGUGGUCAAGUUCUACGGCCCACAAGGAACACCGUAUGAAGGAGGUGUAUGGAAGGUGCGAGUAGACUUACCAGACAAAUACCCCUUCAAGUCUCCAUCUAUAGGAUUCAUUAAUAAAAUCUUUCAUCCCAACAUUGAUGAAGCGUCAGGGACGGUGUGUCUAGAUGUCAUCAACCAGACGUGGACAGCCCUGUAUGACCUGACCAACAUCUUUGAGUCAUUCCUGCCCCAGCUGUUGGCCUACCCCAACCCCAUCGACCCUCUCAACGGAGACGCUGCUGCCAUGUACCUGCAUCGGCCAGAGGACUACAAACACAAGAUCAAAGAGUAUCUCCAAAAGUAUGCGACAGAGGAGGCUCUAAAGGAGCAAGAGGAGGGAGGUGACUCCUCGUCUGAGAGUUCCAUGUCUGACUUCUCUGAGGAUGAGGCUCAGGACAUGGAGUUGUAGUGAAGGGCUGGCAACCGCCCUCCCCUCACCCACACGGACUAUCAUUUCCUAAAGAGCAGAAGCAAACUAUUAUAUUCAUAUUUAAACAAGGCAAUUGUUUUAUUACUAAACAAACAAGGAUUUUUAUGGAUUAUAUGUAUGAGAAGUGGCGGUGUGAAAUGUCAGUCUCCCCCUCGUCUAGGUAUUCUUUAUUACUUACCCAUAGCCCUCUACCAACACCACCCCACCCACAUUAUUACCCCCUCCUACCCAGAAAGGAGUGCAGCAUUCCCAUGAUCCUAGAUGCCCUCCUGCGGUCUGGAUGAUAUUCUGAUUAACCCAACCAUGAUGGAACCGACGAUAGGGUGAGAGCAGAGCAUCAUGGGAAGACAAGACUGUCAGACUGUCAUUGUCAUGACGGAGACAGGGAUGGAAUGUUUACUCAGUACCCCCUCCCCACCACAGUUUAGAUUUUUAAUUCUCAGAAUUGUUCUGUAUUUGGUGAGUGAAACACUGUUUCAACAGUUACAGCUAUUUUUUUCCUCCCCAUGCUCUACCAGAAGCUCUCUGUCUCUAGUGCAUGGCCCCCUCUCUCUGGAGUUAUUACCACAAUGAGGAAUUACACCAUUUCGAAAGUCAUCUUCUGCCUUCCUUUGGACGGGGUUGGAAGCUACCAUCAGGAACAAGGAUCAUUCCUUCCUGAGGACCAGUUGGUGGGUUUCAUCCAGAUCCACCUAUCCAAUAUGGCUGUUGUUGACCCAUCUUUCAGGCCUUGCCCCAGAGGCCAGUAUGCAAGCCUAUCAACCCACCACACCCUGGUUGUCAUAGAAACUGUUCUGUAAACACGCCUUUCACCCCGUAGACAGGAGCAUCAGCUCACCAACCAAAGACAACCUACCACACCACUUAACACCUGAGAGAGAGUGUGUGUGUGUGUGUGUGUGUGUGUGAGAGAGAGAGAGAGAUAACCUCAUAUUGUUAGACCCAACUGACCCAGGUGGAAAUGAAACAGACUUCUAGAGCCAUAGUAGUUUCUCAUCUCUGUGACAACCCUAACACACACAGCAUGACACAUUGUUGUUGCUCUGGAUGAGAGAACCACAGAGAUGAACUACUAUCAACCCAGGAGCUGUCUGUCACUAAACAAACUCCCACUGUUGUCCACCAGACACUCCUUUAGCCCUCCUCCUCUCCGUUUUAGGAAAGUGUUUCAUUCUCUAAGCAUCCUUUUGUACCUUGUGGCAUGAUCCAGAAGUUAAGUUGUGUAGUGCUUUGUUGAGCUUAUUUGCUGUAGAAAUAUAGAAAAGACACCUCAUGUGUGAUGGAUGGGUCUAGAUGUCAGCGGUGUCCAGUCGUAUCCACUGAGGGCCAGUGCAUGACCAGGCUUCAUUCCACCCAAGCACUAACACACCUUUAUGGAAGACUAUGAUUAGUUGAAUCAGGUGUGUUGGUUGGUACAGGAGCCACAUCACUGGCCCUCUGUAGAUAAAACUGGACUGAUCUAGGGGUUGGAUUGGGUUGUUGUGUGGGACUGGGCUGGGAGGUGUUGAGGGGUACCUGGGGACUUGUGGGGUGUAGGGGAAUUUUGCCUAUUGCUUGUGUUCAACUAUAAUAGGUAUUUGACUUGCGUAGUGCUAGUUAAUGUGCCAGAUGGUGAAUCCUAUUAUAAUCUAUGGUUUUAUUCCUUCUAUAGCAAGCUAGUUUCAAAUCGAAUUGUCCUGUAAAGGUGAAGCAUUUAGUUUUAAUUAGAUUUGUUUUUUUCUUCUCCUGAUUUGAAUCUGAUCCUCCAAAGGCAUGUUGCAUCUCUGUAUCCUUUCUCUUAUGCAAAUGGUCUCUUCUGUCUGCACUGUCAGUGUGCAAGUGAACUUAUCUAGCCUGGGUGUCUGGCUGUUUCUGCUGUGGCCAACUCCUUUGUUCACUGUUGUGACAUCAUGUUGGGCUUAAGCAGAAACACACUGUCUGGCACCCAGGCUAGAUGAGUACAGCUACAUACCCAGACUGGCAAGCAGUGUUUUGGGUUUUUCAAACUUUGAUCUCUAACUCAGCAGCACCACAGUGGGAGUGCUCCAGGAUUCUCCUCUCCUACUAUUGUGUUCAUGGAGAGGUUGGUCAAGGCUCAUCAACCUACACAGGGUGUCCCAUUCAUGCCACAGUACAGUACAUGGGCCCAAUCAUAUCGCCCGGAUUGGUGUGCUUAAUCCUAUGAUAUUCUAUAGGGCACAUUGUAUAUGAGACUUUCAGAUAGAAAUGCAAUGUGAAUGGGUGUCUGUUCCACACAAUAGAGGAUAUUGUCCAUUCUGUACAUGACAGAUCUACCUAUGAUUUUCUAAACAUUGUGCAUCAAUUCAAUAUGCUACUAGUGACAUGUACAGUAACUGAAAAGGGUUGAGGUCCUAAACUUUAGGAGCCGGGUGUAUAUUACUGCCAUAAUAAUGUGGACCCUUUGCUCAAAGCAGAUGUCGUAAUGCUUCAAAACACUGCCGUAAUACUGCCGUAAAGCCUGUUACAGGGGGGUGUACUGGCCUCUUGUCCCAGGUCACAUAAGACGAGAUGUCAUCUGUAUUUCUUUAAGAAAACUCAUCAUAGCUUUCAUUGGGGACAUCCUAGUCGUACACAAGAAUUGAAUCACAAUUGAUUUAAUCCCUUUGUUUUCAUUUUCACAAAAUGCAACAACUGUCAAAUGUAUAAUAAUAUAGUUAACAUAAUUUUAAGUAUUAGGGUGCAGGGUGACGUUACAGAUGACAGAACAGGCCCCACACCACAGUCCCACAUGAUGGUGAAGCUAUUGUUUAUAUUUGUCUGUAAUUUGUCUUUUGCCUCCAUUAAACUAAGAACAGGAGAGUCGAUGAGACAGGAAAAUUGCAUUUCUUUGAGAAAUUAUUGCAUUGAAAAACAUGCACUGUCUGUACUGACAUGGGAAAGCCUCAGCUUUGAGAUGAUUCGAGUUAGCAUUAGCAUCCUAAUACAUUAUGAGUGUAGUUUUAGCAUUAUGCCAACUGCGUCUCAAUAACAUGGGCACCAGACACUGUGGUGUAUUGUAAUGGUUACCACAAGAGAACAGCCAUAGUGUGUAACUAUGUCGGCUAUUAGCAAAUUGAGCAUAAUUUGAGGGAAAACAUGUAUUCUACACAUUCAACUUGGCACAAAAGCAGAACAACAAACAUCUGAAGAAAAUACAUAAUGUCUGCUCUCACUGUUUGAUGAGUUGCAAACUUGUUGGAAGCAACAAUCAGUGAGUGGACAGGACCCUUUCCCUUUAGCUAUUUAGCGUCAGGACACAUUAGUCAUUACAGUAUGUGUAUUCACUCCCUUUCAAUAAUGAGAGAUAUACUGUAUUUGAAGUGUUAUUUGUUUUAAUCCUUUAAGGAUGUAGAAGACCAGAAAUUCCCACAUUUUUAAAGGCAAAUAAGUUAAUGAAUAAAUGUGCUUCCCUUGUAACUUUAAUAAAUAAAUAAACAAAAAUAUGAAAACAAA